AUGCCGGGGGGGAAAGAGAGGGCGGAGGAGAGGAGGGAGAACAAGCGGCGACCAAAGGAGGUGCAGAUGCGUCGUACCAAGGAGGACCCAAGGGUCGGCAUCGGGCGGAAAGAGGUUCCAACGUUUUUCAACAAGGUCACCCUGUCGAGGGAGAGGGAGGGACUGACCGAUCCCUACUGGGAGGCCCACCGCUACCGUUGCCGCUGCCGUCGGACUCGAGCAGCGCCUCCGCACCAAGCCAAGUAUGCAGAGGCCGUCAUGACCAGGGGGCGGAUGGGAACUGGGAUCGGCGACGCAAAGUCCAAGGGCGGAGCGGGACAAGGCGAGACGGAUAGAGGGUUCAGUGCCUGGUUAACGCAGAAGAUGGCGUACUACAUCAUCAUCGUCAUCAUCGUCAUCAUCGUCAUCAUCAAUGUUCUUCGCCUCAUGCUCACCACUACUUGUCAAACACGCGUCCUCUGA